AUGCUUAGCUGUUGUUCGCAGCGCCGCGUCACGUUUCACCUGCCGGACGGCUCCCAGGAGAGCUGCAGUGACAGCGGUGUGGGGGAACAUGAGCCGGUAGGAAGUGGCCCCCUGCUGACACAACCUCUCCCUCUGGUGCAGGCGCAGGAUCAGCUCUACCAGCAGGCCUCGCCCGACAAGAGGACCGAAGCCGACGGCAACUCGGACCCAAACUCUGACGGCCCGCUGGGACCCCGGGGCCUGAUGGAGGCCUCGGAGAUGUGCACGCAGGAGUGUCUGGUCCUGGGACACUCGGACAACUGCUGGAUGCCGCCCACUCUGGGACCCUACCAGUCACCCGUGUCCAGUUACGGCUCUCAGAGGGAGUGGGCUGCCAACGAUAAACUUCUCAACGGACACACCUUGACUAGAACCUGGAAACGGGAGAACGGGCAGUCGGAGCAUUUUGGCGACAGGAAGCCGUUUGGGAGCGGAGAGGGACAUUUCACCGGCGGCAUGGCGGACAUUCCGCUGGUGAGUUUAAAGUCCUGCCCGGACAGUCCCAAGGACCAGCAGCUCUAAGGUGGACCCGCCUUCUUACGAGCGGACACAACAACUCACCUGAGAGCUUCUUCUUUUCUUCUUGCAUCAUCUCACGUUCCUUUGGAUGCUUCUGCAGAGCUGGCCUAACGAGGGUCACAUGGGACAAAAUUAAAUGAACAAAUAAUAUUAGAAUUAUUACUUAAAUGUGUGAUUAAUCCAUUAUAUUGGAGAUUUAAUACAUUCAUGUCUUAUUAAAUGUGUCAAUUUAUUUAAUGUAAAUAUAUA